AAAAAAUAGCAGAUUAGUGUUUAUGGCCAGACACGGAUUAAGCCUCUCUGUCUGUUAUUACACGUCAGCAAUUAUCCUUCUCUCAAACGUGCAGGGCGUCUUCUACAAUAGGCUACUAUUAAAUUCCUGGUCGAGUGCAAGCACCUUGAUGCAGCCUUAGCAGUCACUGGCUCAGCGCGAACACAUCGCUCGGGACUGACCUGCCUCUUGGCUCAGCUGAUCAAUCCAUUCUCCUAUGGUAUUCUGUACAAGAUGGCGGUAUCGGGCACGGAAAAGGACUUAAUAAAUACCGAGAAUGAACCACACCUGAACAAUUCGUUUGGAAGCUCCGGUCUGUGCUCUCCAGACAGAGACGACAUAACUCGUUUACUGACUGUUCCUUUUAGUGGUCGCAUCAAAGGUGGGAUGAGGCCAGGCAAGAAGAUCAUAGUGAUGGGUAUUGUUGAUCCCGAACCUGAAAGUUUUGAUAUCAGCCUGACAUGCGGCGGCACUGAGGACUACCCUCCUGCUGAUGUGGCCUUGGAGUUGAGCGCCCGAUUCGCGGAGAGGCAGUUCCUCCGUAAAGCGUGCGUCUCCGGAGAGUGGGGCGAGGAAGAAACGCCCAUUCCCUACUUUCCUUUCAUCCAAGAUCAGCCGUUUAGGAUUGAAAUUCACUGUGAACACCAGCGGUUCCGAAUAUUUGUGGACGGACAUCAGCUCUUUGACUUUUAUCACCGGAUCGUGACUUUACCAGCCAUCGACACGAUAAGGAUUAACGGGAGUCUACAAAUUACUAAACUAGGUUAACCUUGGCGCCAAGGCAGAGGGAGUAGCAACUUCACCAGGAGAGGAUGUAAGAUGGUGCAAAAACUGUCCUGCAUACAGUACGUAUUGCAACACUACAAUAGUAACGUCUGGGCCUGCUAAACACUGACAGCACUACUUCAUUUCUUUUGCUUUCUCUGUUGUGAUAAGUACAAAUUGAAGUCGACUAUCUGACUUUACUGUAAAAAAAUUAGAAGGGCAAAUUGCAAGCAAAAUAGCAUGUGUAUUAAUUGUUGCAAUGCACAGUGGUGUCAGUCUUAAGGAAACCCAAAAGUACUGUCUUUGUUUCGUUGGGGUGUCACAAUAUCACCUGUGCAGUCAAUGCUAAAUGCAUACCACAGGGAUUUUGCAGUGCUAUAUCAAUUGCCAGUUACAAACAGCAAAACUCAGUAAUGCAUUUUUGUAUUAAAACAACAGGCUCUCAGGAAAAUAAAUUAUUUCUUUAGAUGUUUUUGUCUAACAUAUUUAAUACGUUGGGGGCUGCUAGUAUCAAACUAUGAUUUUAAUUUUGUUUUUUUUUAAGUUUUUAUUUGAAGUUCAGGAUACUUUUUCACAGCAAGUCAUUGCUAUGUUAAACAAUAAAAGUGAAAUGAAGUUUAAUUUAUUAAUUUACUUAAUGACAUGUUGUAAAAAUAUUGUGAUGUCUUUAAGUACAAUGUAGCAGUUAUUUUAUCCAAGUAUUUAGGAAUUACCAACAUAAGGAUUAAGGUUUAUUUUACACUUUAUUUCCUUACAAACAUUAAUUUUCUGUGUUAUGUGUUGAGUUGGAUUAUAGCAGCACAAUAGAAAAUAGAAUUUAGCUGAGAUACAGUGGUUUAAAUAUAGACAGGUGGGUAUAAUUUUAUCUGUUAGGAGUGGUAUAGCUUUGCCAAUUACUGCAUGAAAUAUAUGUGACUUUACCAACAGCAUGAAUGCAGUGGAAAUAAUCUUAUGAAAAGCAGCAGCUGUGUUUUAUGAGGUGCAGUGGGAUAUUUUACUGCUGGCAAGAUUUAAGUCUUACUGUAUAUGAUACCAGCACCCUGUCCGUCUCAGUGUGUUCUCACUGCCAGUUAUUUUCCAUAUCGUGUAAAACAGCAGCAGAUGACCACUUCAGACAGUAAAUCAUACUACCGUUGUCUGGUUGUAACAUCUGCGUUUGUAAUCAGAAUGGCACAUGUGAAAGAGAUAACCAACACAUGGAACUUAUCUUCUGUUGGAACACUUUGUGAUACCGAUAGACAAUAAUAAGAAGGUUGAAGCUGUUUGAAUGUAAUCACUGUUUUAGUUGUGGGUAUGCGGAAAAUAUGGAUAUAGUUUGGCCUUCAAGAGGAAAUAAUGGAUUUAUCUAGAAAAGGAAAGUAGGCACAUUCGGUUUCCUGUUUCCUGACUGUUACCUUUGUAAGGCAGGGCUGAUCUUAGCCAAGUGUUGUUCAUAUAUGCACUGUUCUUCUAGGUCUAGAUUUGCAGUGGGCAUUUGGCUCACUGUGAAGUUGUGUCAUUGAUAUGUCUGCAGCCUGUAACUUGUGCAGGUCACAGUACUUCCACAGGCGUUGGGAUUUAGCAAUCCAUCACCAUGUCGAGAAUGAAGGGCUAAGAUCCUUAGCUUGGUUUGCUGAAUCAAGAAUCCAACUGAGGAAAUAUACUUGACAAUGUGUAUAUCUUAAAAUGAACACAAAUCUUAAUUUACUGUUUCAGACUUGUAUACUAUAGAGCAGAGGUCUACAUUCCUGAACCUUGAUGAACUUCCUGUAAUGGUUGUGAAUUUUACACAUUGAAUCAGGCUGGAGGAUCGGGUGUUGAGUAUGUGUAGAGAGUAGCCUCAAGAAUAGUCUUCCUCCAGCCCUACUUCUCGGUUUUUGGUUAUAACGUCUUAUUAGGCUGCCAUGUGGUGCCCUGGUGCUGUCUGCCUGCCUUUAUGAAAGGCUAGAGAUAAGCUUCUGUUGCAUUCUAUCAAAUGUGUGCAGAAACGCAAGUGUAAUUUUCACACAAUGUUUGCAUUGUAAAAAGACUCCUCUCCUUCUCAUAUUCAAGCAGUCGUUAACUUAGCGUUCUUUUGAUAAAUAGGUUUGUUGACACUGAGGAGCUGGCAACAACAUACUGACUUUGCAGUUUUAGUGGCCAAGCAGUUAAAUGUAUGUAGCAGGUGGACAGAGAACUGUUCUUGUAGCCCUCAAAUAUUAUUCAUUAUGUAGGUUAGUUUAUAUGACAUCACCACUAUCCUAGUGAUGUCACAGAUUGGAUGCAGUAUGUAACAUCACUAGGAUAAUCUCAAAUAUAAUACUUUGGACUGCUGUAUUGGUAUGACACCACACCUAAAGCUUUGUAAUAAACCAUCCACAUGGAUGAGCCUUUGUAAAAGUUAGUUUUUUAUAGUGGCAAUAGCAAGGACUAUGCCAGUAUUGUACAGAUUUUUAUCAUGGAAAUGACAUCAAAUAUUAAAAUUCUGAGACAUUUUAUGUGUGAACUCUCAAAAGGAAUGUUUCAGUUUAUGAGUUAAGAGAAACAUAAAAAUGAUAACUACAGUAAAAACAAUGACAUAUAGGCGAAUUGAUUUAGUUGACCUGCCAGUUGUUCUCUUAAAAAAGCACUUGCUUUUCUUUCACUGCACAACUGCACCAGGCAGAUGAUUUUAAAGCUGAGCACCAUGGUUUCACAGUAGCAGACGGUUCAGUCUCAGUGGCUGCUUAAACAGCUUCUUAAGAACACAGAUGCACUAUUUUGUAAUGCUGUGUGUAACAGAUUUCUCUUUUUUUUCCUGUGUGUUUUGGAAAGGAGGACAGGCACAUGCGAGAGGCCUAAUUAUUUAUGGAGAUCUUUGUAAUUCCGCAACAGGAAGUGUGACCCCCAGUAUUUCAGCAUCUGUUCAUUUUGUUGUUCUAAGUGACAGUUGGUUGACUUUUCAGGGUUCCCAGUGUGCUUCAUGCAGAGUAUGGCCAUGCAUUGUUUUGCUUUCAAAGCUCAAAAGUAUUACCUGAACACACUUCACAGUUGUAAAUAUUCGUUUUGUGUUCUGUUGGCCAGUUUUCCACAAUAGCAGUAUGCAGAGAUAAGUUCUUCAUUAGGGCCAGGAUAGAACACUCAGGAUUUGCUGUUUGUUAAUUAAAAUGUUAAACCUUGUACAAUUGUUUUGCCAGACAAAUUUAAAUGGAUCAUAAAACAAUUGUAAAAGGACAGGAAGCAACACAUUGCUAUAUUCAAAAGCAUUAGUAUUUAACAGGUAUGAAAACUUUGGUAUUUAUUGCACAGGGGAAACUUAUUAGAAUACAGUUCUAGAAUAUCAGACAAUACGACAUCAGUUAUGAGAAUGAGAAUAACAAAAAUUGAACUUCACAAUGCAUGUCUUCUGAGUACAUACUGUAUAAAAAAAUAAACAUGCAAAGUAAAAUAAUUUUAUAUGGCUUUUGUAGAAACUAAAACAGGGUAUUGUGAUAGGGAGGCCCAGAGAGAGGCAGAAUCCAAGCACAGCGACAUUAAGGACUUUCUCCCCAAGGGAAUAAUACCAAACUAAAACAGAAGCUGUUGUUAAUCGUCUUCUGUAAUAUUUUGCUGUUUAUUUAAUGGUUGUAACAAAGCAAUAAUCUCUAUUCUAAGGGGCACAUAAGUAUUUGCUCAUAUAUAUAAUAAAUGAUCUUCCUGAACAUAAAUAAUCCAUCAUUUUUUUGGAUGAAUGGUACGGACUUCAAAGAUUUUUUUGUCACACCAUGCUAUCGUAUUAGCACUGAUAAGAUUAAGGUUUUGUAUCCUGUAGAAGUGUUGAAGUCAAGAUGGGAAGAAAUUUCCCUGAGUUGCUGUUGUAGUGCAUUAGGGUUAGUAAAGACAUCAAUGUAUAACAAAACAGAAGUUAGGAAAAAGGCAUUAACAGAGUACAUCUCAGCACUUGUUUUUUUUUACUUUGGCAUGAUACAAAUAAAGAUGAAGCAAUGUUUACACAAAAUAAGCUUUUUGUAAAGUAUGACAAUAGUGCAGCUUAAAGACUCAGAUUUAGAAACCUGCUCCAGUUCUUCUGCUGCUAUGCAUGCACUGCUCUUUGUACAAGGUGGCUGUAUUAGCAGUGGAUCCAGAGUAGUGGAUGGGAAUGAGGAGAGAGGAGAGUGACACUCGUGGGAUGUCUCUACUGGUUACAUUUGUUUUCAGGGUUAAAUGCCAGAAAUUCCAUAAAUGUUCAGGCAAUAAUCAUACUAAAGGAAUAUAUUGGCAGGAGCAUUAAUACUUCAGUAUGGCUUCUCUAUGUAAUCAAGUCUUUAACCCUAGAGAACAAUUUAACAACUUCACAGAGUUAAGAGUUAUACGGGGCCAAAUUUCUAAUGUCCAUACAUUUUUGCGAUGGAUCUUUAAAAUAAAUAUUUUUUAAUAUUGAGUAUUCAAAAAAAAAACUUAAAUCCAGCCGAGUCUCAGAAUAGCCAGCAAAUGAACACAAUGCCUUAUGGAUACCUGUGAACGGGUUUUAAAUGGUCUGCUAAGAUCUGUAAAGGCUGCUCCUUCUCAGCCCUCCUCCUAGAUCCAGGCUGUCUCUUCCUUAUCACAGUCAAAAAACAGACUUUCAGUUACAACUGAGCACAUUUUGUUUUAGUUUCUUACAUACUUGGCCGGUUUUCAAACUGGAACCGGAAAAGGCCUUGAGCAUUGAUUUGAUCUGUUCCAAUGAAUGUCACUGUUCCUGAUUGUAAGCAGUUUUGGCUGUAUCUGUGAGUCUGAUGUAUAUUUUGCCUAUGUGAGGCCUGAUUUUCCAAGCUAACAAACCUUAACAAUGGCCUUAAUGGUCUUAAGAGCUCAAAUACAGUUUUGUAAUGUUAGUUAUUUGAUAUGUACAAAAAAUUAAUGAAAGUAAGCAUUUUCACCGUUACCUGAAUGUCAGAAAUUAGUUCCUUUUUGGAAAUUUAACAUUUCUACUACCAAACUGAAGUAGGACUUUGAAAAUCAGGCCUUAGUUUAGAACCAUUGGUGAUUUUCUAAAGCAAAGACAAUGUACCUUAUUGUAUUCCUCCAUAAGGAGGAAGUAUACUGUGCUAAGUUGUAAAAGUGAUGUAUGUACAAUCAUGUUUUUACUGUGUACAGAGGAAGCCUGUUUAUUGAGCUCAAAAUACGGCACUAAAUAUUUUCAUACUUGAGCCAUAUAUAAUUCAAGCAUGCUAAUGAUAGUAAUGCUAUUCAAAUGCUAGAAAUUAUAUUGGAAAAUAAUCUUGUAGACAAAAUUUUAUCACCAAUUGAUCUAUUUUUUGAAAAAGCAUUUUCUGAGCUUAAGAAUUUUAAAAAAUUGACUGUUGUUAAAUUAUUUCUAGAGUAAGUGCAAAACCAAAUAAUUGGUAUACUGUACCAUUAUAUUAGUUUUAAGAAAUGCAUCUGGGUGUCUUUAUUGUUAAAAAUUUUCUCAUACAUUUUUUCUUGGAAGGAUCUGGUAUUAGUCUUAGCACUAAUGAUGCCUCAAAUUGCCAGAUACCAGUGUGGAGCUGGCAUGCUCUGUACACAAUUUUUGUAAAUAUGCUGUUUUUACAUUCAUUCUUUGCAUUUAUUUUGUGAGAAAGUCUGGAAUUAACUGCAGUUUUAGAGCUGCCAUGACAGUUGUUUUUCUUUUCAGCCAUUCUGAAUAAAGUACACUUUUGGAUUGGUGAAAGUUGUUGUUUUCUUUUGGAUUAAGUCCAUUCCAGCUAUUGUAUUUUUCCACUUUGAAUGUUUCCUUGUGCUGUUUUUAAAUCUAAUUUGCCGACUAAUAAACUUGACAUCUUUUGAUGUGG